AUGAUGAUGCUGUCCCUCAACCAAGCCAAAUCUUCCAUCAGCUCCACUUCGUCUGCUCCCUCAUCGGAACAGGACUCUCGCCCCUCCACCGCUUGCUCGUCCACCGACAUGUGUACCCCGAUGCCCAACAGCACCUUCCACCACUUCGACUACAAGCGAUCCAGCACGGCCUCUGAGUGCAGCAUGAUGUCUGCUCCUCACAUGUCCACUGCCUCCUCCGACGUUGGGUCUAUGGGCUCGCCCGCUGCAAAGGCCGUCCACCCGGUCACUCCCCCUGCCCCCUCUGCCAGAAAUGCGCAGGGCCCCGUCAAGCGACAAGUUGAUCCUCCUUCGCAGGCUGCUAUGCAAUCCCGGCAAACCCAAGACUGCUUUACUCCUUCGAGCGCCCAACCCUCUGAAGUCGACAGUGCAUUCCACGGCUCUACCGAAUCAGCACCCACUUACAAUGCCUUCAGUGCUUGGCGCUCGCAACCUGCUGCUCAACAGCCGGCGUAUGACUAUCACCGCCUGGCGGGCGCUUUCAUGGAUGGUGCCAGCGGCCACUCUCGUUCGGCCUCCUACCAAUCUACUGCAUCCUCCACCGAUUCGUGGAACAGCCGAAGCCACGCCGACUCGAGCUUGCAAUUCCCCGGCUACCCCGGCGGCUUGGCUGCAUCGAUGGCCCAGAUGAGCUUGAACCCCCUUGUCAACAACGGGUUACCUGGUAUGGGGUUGUACCCUGCCGGCCUCGGCGGGAUGAAAAACGAGGCCUACCCUGGGGUCCACCCAGCAACAAGCACUACUGCCGAUCAAACCCGCAACCUUGUUAAUUCGCUUGCCUCUCUGACUGGCGCUUACCCAACCGCCCCAGCAGGAUAUGCCGCCCCGCCCAUGAUCGACCCUCAGACCUUGAUGGCCUACACCGCUGCUUUCGGCGUGUCGCCCUUGUUGGACUUGUACGGCCUCACUCCGGAGCUGAUUGCCGCCCGUACCAACGUCUUGGCUCAACUUGCCAACGGCGCCGGAUUGAACCACGGUGGACUCUCUCAGAACGGAGAUGACGGACCCAGCCCUACCAACAAGAAGACUAACUUGUACAAGACCGAGUUGUGCCGAAGCUGGGAGGAGAAAGGCACCUGCCGCUACGGCUCGAAGUGUCAAUUUGCCCACGGCCAAGAAGAACUCAAGAACGUCAGCAGACACCCCAAGUUCAAGACCGAAGUUUGUCGCACAUUCUGGCUUCACGGCUCUUGUCCGUAUGGCAAACGAUGCUGCUUCUUGCACACCACGGCAACUGAUGCAGGAGUGCCAGCUGCCCCCAGCAGCCACGACCAAAAGGAAGGAGCGAAAGCCGGACGCAACGCGCACGACCCUCCCACCUCGCGCCUCCAGCAACGUCUGUCUUCUGGCACUUCCUCGGCCAACGGCGCAGGCGACAAGUCGUUCGGCGUCUCGCUUUCCGGCUACCUUUCGAGCAGCCCGCAGUUGCAGUCCGCCCCGGCCACCCGCGCGUUGUCCGACCUCGGCGACGCUGGUCACUCGCGAAGCAACAGCAGUAGCAGCUGCAGCCUGAGCUCCGACGGCUCUUCCCGGAUCGACAGCUUGCGAAUCCAGAUCGGCUCCCGCUUCGGCUCUCGCGAACAGGUCCCUCCUCAAGACGCCCCGGCACCCCGCUCCCGUCUCGAGCGUCUCAGACCUACCGGCGACUACUUUGAGUCUACCAGCUCGAUGCCCUCCACCUCGACUGCUUCGACUACUCGCUACAGCCCCUUCCUCGACCGCCAUCAGCCCCCACACUCGGCCUUCUCCGACACCCUUGCUCGCUCCCCUUCGCAGCACAUCUCCAAGGCUCGUUCUGCCAACGGAGACGCCGAGCCUCAACUGCACUCUAGACUUUCCUCUUCUUCCACUACCCUCGCCUAA